UCGCUCUCUCCCUCUCUCUCUCCCCCUCUCUGCACUGCCAGGCUGCUUCCCCGUGCAGAACGCUGAUCUAGCUUAUUCUUGGUGCAGUCGGAAGGUCAGAGCUUCACCCUUCGUGUUGUUCUCCUCUCGUUCCUCUCCCGCGCCCUUCAGCUCUCCUGUUUCUCCGGUCUGCUCGGUUCAGUGUCCUCUCCCACCCGCUGCGGUUUCCACGGUAACCGCUCGCUUCUUGCCCUUGGUGGGCUGUUUCGUCAGCUUGUGGGAAGGAGGAAACAUAGCCCUGUGUCGGGGCCAUGAGCAUCUCCUGCUGAAUCUCAGGUUGUCUCCAAUAGAAGAUGUCCACAAUGGUCUACCCACGAGAAGAGAAGCUAGAGAAGCUGUCGCAGGAGGAGAUCAUCUCCAACACCAAGCUGGUGAUCCAGGGCCUGGAGGCGCUGAAGAACGAGCACAACUCCAUCCUGCACAGCCUGCUGGAAACCAUCAAGUGCCUGAAGAAGGAUGAGGAGGCCAACCUGGUGCACGAGAAGUCCAACCUCCUGCGCAAGUCGGUGGAGAUGAUCGAGUUGGGGCUGGGGGAGGCACAGGUGAUGAUGGCACUGUCCAGCCACCUGAACGCCGUCGAGUCGGAAAAGCAGAAGCUGCGGGCGCAGGUGCGCCGUCUGUGCCAGGAGAACCAGUGGCUGCGGGACGAACUGGCCAACACACAGCAGAAGCUGCAGAAGAGCGAGCAAAGCGUGGCCCAGCUGGAGGAAGAGAAGAAGCAUCUGGAAUUCAUGAACCAGCUGAAGAAGUACGAUGAGGACGCGUCCCCGUCGGAGGAGAAGGAUGGAGAACCCCCCAAGGACUCUCUGGACGACCUGUUCCCCAACGAAGAAGACGAGCACAGCCAAGGAAUGCAGCAUCAGCACAACAGCGCGGCAGUGGCAGCGGCCCAGCAGGGCGGUUAUGAGAUCCCGGCCCGCCUGCGCACGCUGCACAACCUGGUGAUCCAGUACGCCUCGCAGGGCCGCUACGAGGUGGCCGUGCCGCUGUGCAAGCAGGCGCUGGAGGACCUGGAGAAGACGUCCGGCCACGACCACCCCGACGUGGCCACCAUGCUCAACAUCCUGGCGCUGGUCUACAGAGACCAAAACAAGUACAAGGAAGCCGCCCACCUGCUGAAUGACGCCCUGUCCAUCCGUGAGAAGACCUUGGGAAAAGACCACCCUGCGGUGGCCGCCACCCUGAACAACCUGGCCGUGCUCUACGGGAAGAGGGGCAAAUACAAGGAGGCAGAGCCGCUGUGCAAGAGGGCCCUGGAGAUCCGCGAGAAGGUGCUGGGCAAGGACCAUCCAGACGUGGCCAAGCAGCUGAACAACCUGGCCCUGCUGUGUCAGAACCAGGGCAAGUACCAGGAGGUGGAGCACUAUUACUGCCGGGCCCUGAAGAUCUACGAGUGCAGGCUGGGCCCAGACGACCCCAACGUGGCCAAGACCAAGAACAACCUGGCCUCCUGCUAUCUGAAGCAGGGGAAGUACAAAGAGGCGGAGAUCCUGUAUAAAGAGAUCCUCACCCGCGCCCAUGAGAAGGAGUUCGGAUCCGUGGACGGUGAGAACAAGCCCAUCUGGAUGCACGCUGAGGAGAGGGAGGAAAUGAGCAAAGGCAAGCACAGAGACAACACCCCGUACGUUGAGUAUGGCGGCUGGUACAAGGCAUGCAAGGUCAACAGCCCCACCGUGAACACCACCCUCCGGAACCUGGGGGCCCUGUACCGCCGACAGGGCAAAAUGGAGGCCGCGGAGACCCUGGAAGAGUGUGCUUUGCGAUCCCGCCGGCAGACCAACAUGGGCCUUGACCCCGUCAACCAGACGUGCGUGGUGGAGAUUCUGAAGGAUGGAGAAGGUGAGCGCCGACAGAGCCGCGACAGCAUGGCAGGCAGCGUCAAGUACGAGAGCGGCUCAGACGCCGGCGAAGAAGUGAGUAUGGGAGUAGAGUGGAAUGGGGAUGGCAGUGGGGCCCUGAGGCGCAGCGGCUCGCUGGGGAAGCUGCGGGACGUGCUGCGCAGGAGCAGCGAGAUGCUGGUGAAGAAGCUGCAAGUAAACCUGCAGCCUGAAAUGCAGAGCAGCAUGAAACGGGCAAACUCUCUGAACUUCUUGAAUACCAGUGAUGACUCCUUUCAGGGCCCUGAGCCGGGGAGGCUGAGACAGAGCCGCGGUUUGAGCUCCAGCAACGUCGAUCUCUACAGCGGGAAAUAAACAGGCCCAGCGUCAGAUGCCUGUACCCCCACGUCCUCCUGACCCUUGACCCUUGACCCUCGACCCCUGUCUCAGGACCUGUGGGCCCCCUCCUCACUCUGCAAACUGCUGCCCUGGGGGGACGUCCCAGUCCAUGGCAGCCCCAUUGUUUGUUUUUGAACCCUGCAGUGAAGCCUCAUCUCUUUUGGAUGCACGCCUCGUUUUUUUUCUUGUGACUGUUUACACAGUGGAGGUGAGAUCCUUCACCGAAGCUCCGGUUGCACCAUGAGACGGCGGUGGUGGUUGGGCAGGGGAGAGCAGAAGCUGCGUGAAUAGGGUGCCGAUUCAGCCAGCUUGUCGUCACCAUUGUCAGCAGUGUCCUGUUCCGGUCCAGUCCGCUGGAUCUGGGCCGGCAGGCGCGAGCUGUUGACCUUGAUGCUGUAGCCAAUCAGCUUUGCUUUUCAGCAGAUUUCCCAUGUUCCUCUGGUGCUGCUUUCUUCCUGUAUCCUCCUGUGCCUCCCACGCGCCGUGAUUAUUAUUUUUUUUCUCUAUUUACUCCCGUCUCCAUCCUAUACGCUUGUGUUUGCGGUCAGGAAGUGACAUCACUGGAAAAAUGUACCUAGAUAAUAGAUGUAUCUAGAUUUUUUAGAAAUCAUGUUUUUUUGUUUUUUUUUUGUAAUUCCUGUGUUCACUAUGGGACAAGCAAGUGACAGUGACACAGAACUUUGCACAUGAUCCGAGUGACGUACCCAAGCCAUUUAUGCCUAGCCGUGUCACUUUAUGGUUGUCCAAUAAUUUUCUUUCCUACUUGCCGUUGUUUCUUUGCAGUUGUGAAAAAUUAGGUUUCUCCGGCAAUCUGCAGCAGGCUAAGUGUGUAUUGUAUGCAUACGUCUUUGGGAUCUGUCUGAUGCUCGCAGAACAGUGCUUGGAUUUGAGCUUAUGGCCCAACAUUUUUCUUAUUUUUACUCCUUUUCCUUUCAGCUUUUAUCCAAAUCAGGGGCAUUGGUGAUCCCAGCUGGCAGAUAAGGUCCGGCUUCUUUGAGCUUUAAUCGUCUGACAGUGUCUCAGUGGCACUUUACCGUUGUGUGCAGACUCCCACAUACCGGCCCCGAUCUGGGUUGAGAACCCAGCGGCUUACGGCUGCGGCCCAGUGGGAGAGAUGUUAUAAUGCAGAUUAUCACAUAGAAAAGGCACAUUUUAAUGCCAAGACUUCAUCAUGUUCUGUGAUGUAUAAGUGCUCUCGUCCAGGCUGCCCCCUAACCUGUGCUCUUAGAGGGAUUGCAAUCUCCCCGGGACCCUGUGGGGCAGUGUUUCCCAAUCCGGUCCUCGGGGACCCACACCGGGAGCUGGGGGGGAGCAAAAAUGUGGACUGCUGUGGGUCCCCAAGGGCCACACUUGGGAAGCACUGCUAUAGUGAAUAAGCAGGUAUGAAUGGAUGGAUGUACCAGCUGUUUUCAGCCCUGGUCCUGCACUUCAUUCCACUCAGCUCCUACACUUCAGUAUAGAAUAUUCUAUUUAACAAGGCUGACUGUGUCAGUUAAGAAUGCAGUGCAUAGUAAGACAUAUUAAGAUGUUUUUAAUCAUUUUUACCCAUAAUAAUAAAAGAACAAAACCAUUGCCCUACUGGCUGGUUGAUUUAAAUUAAUAUAAAAAAAAUACACAAUUUUAUGUUUGAUUAAAUAAAAUGAACAAAGAUAAAUUCAGCUUUUUUUCCUCAAUUACUAUAAGGUACAUGUAUGAGUUCAGUCAUGCAGCUAAUUUAAUAAACAGGAUAUUUUUGGACUUAACACGAGCUGGAAUGAAGCCGAUUCACGGUGCACCUUCAGAGCCAGAUGCAAACCGCAGCUCAGUACUGCCAGGUCCAUGUGACUCUAUACUUACCUUUUUAAGCAAUAAGCAAACUUCAGCAUUAUUAUAAAUAUCCAGUGGUGAGUGCUGUGAAAACAGGCAUCAUCUUUGACACAAUUAUCCUGUUGGUUUAUGGCUGUGUAAUCUCUUAACUGGUCUGGGAUCAGCAGCUGCUGAGUCCCGUUGGUGUCAUCAGUACCAUAGCAAGACACUGUGGUUCCUCCCAUGGAAUGAGAAAACCCAGGAAACCAGGGGGGUAACAAGCCGGUCGCCCAGUACACCCCCCCCCCCUCGCUGAUGGUGAAAAAACUCCACAGGCCACCUCUGUUAAUUGAGUUCUGCCCAUUUGGAGCUCAGUAUGAUCAGGGUUCAGGGGCAAAAGGGCUACUUACGGGUUUAUUUUAGGCACGUUUACAUGGUCAUGAUCAUAGAAGCCGCGCACAAUGGACCCGUCACUAGUAUAUCCAAGGUGAGACCACAUACUGUGACCCCAAAGGUCACAUCUUGGAACUGGGACACAAUGUUAAAAUACUGGAAUGUGAUUUUUUUUUGCACAGUUGUCAAAAGCUUUUUUCUUUCUUGAUGGAUAUCAGGACUGCUGAUAAGGCUGAGCUGCUUUGUGUAAUGAGAUGAAACAUAUGACUAUUCUGUUCUUGUUCUUGUUCGUUCUAAUGUUUUAUUCUUACAUAGGUACUGAUCCGUAACUUGUUUUUCCAGAUUAUUCUGUAGUGGUGGUCGGAUUUCUGAUUUGUUUAGGCACCAUUUCUUCUACGGUUCCUUCCAGUCGACUUUCGUUUAAUCGUCAUAAGCAAACGUGUCAAAAAAUUGUCUGUUGUCCUUCAUCGAUUGGAGGGUUGGAGUGAGAUAGGUGCCAGCUUUUUUCUUUUUUUGAAAUCGCUGCUCUCUAAAUGUAGGGUGUGGUAGCCAUGGAAACCAAGCCAUCACAACCUCCAGGUUAUGUCCUGCAACAUCCCAGUCCUCCACGAUUUACUGAGGACGACAGCUAGGGGGCGCUACCCGUGAAGGUUGUGUUUCACACUAAAUAAAGGAUAAACCUGAA